UGAAGUGGUGUCAUUUAUUGCUAGUAUAAAAAACAAAAGGUAACGUGGACAAAAAUUGUUUGUCUCCGAAAAGACUCGAUCAAAACAAAAAUCUGGAAUAUUUUCUUAAUUGCGUUCGGUUUUUCUUGAUGAAUACAUAUUUUUGCAUUGUCCUUUUGGCCGGCAGAACUUAUCGUUCGAUAGCAUGACGUCAGGAAAAGGUCACGUGCUUUAAUGUUUACGAAUUAACAGCUCACUUCCUUACUUUUGGAAACUAACUAUACAGAAUCUGAAACGCUGUCGUGGAUUACAUAGAGAAAUAGGCAGCGAGUAAAGAAAUUUUCUUGUAACGGAGACUGAUAAGAUUUGGCUGUUUUGAACCACUGUUGGGCCCCAUGUCAAGCAGAUUCAUGAGUUAUCACAAGAAUAACAAACGGAGUUGGAGCAUUUUUGACUUCGGGUCGCCGAGAAAGUUGCAAGGAGAUACAGAAGUGGUAUGGGGUGAAAAACUUAAAGAAAACGAGAAGGCAAGCAGAGUUGUUGCAAUAGGUCCAGAUAUAAAGCUUGGAGAAGGCCAUCAAGCAGCAAACAUGACGAUGGCUGCAAGUUCUGUUGUGUUGUCAUCUUCAACACUAGAGAAGGUUGCUAAAGCCAAAGCCACUAUUGAAAAUUAUUAUACAAAUUUGAUAAAUCAACACAGGGAAAGGAAAGAAAGAGUAAAGCAACUUGAAGAUGCAAUGCAAAGGGAGGGCCUUAGUGAUAAAGAGAAAGAUGAAAGGAGGUCGCUGUAUGCAAUUAGGGAAACAGAAUUUUUACGACUGAAGAGGACGAGAAUCGGACGGGACGACUUUGAAUCUUUAAAAGUUAUUGGUAAAGGAGCCUUUGGCGAGGUACGGUUGGUGCAAAAGAAAGACACUGGACAUGUUUAUGCAAUGAAAAUCUUAAGAAAAGCUGACAUGCUCGAGAAAGAACAGGUUGCACAUGUAAGAGCAGAGAGAGAUGUCCUUGCUGAAUCUGAUAAUCCCUGGAUUGUAAAAAUGUACUACUCUUUUCAAGAUGCGCAAUGUCUGUUUUUAGUGAUGGAAUUUCUCCCCGGAGGUGAUCUGAUGACGAUGCUGAUGAGGAAAGAUACAUUCACAGAGCAACAAGCACAGUUUUACGUUGCUGAGUCUAUCCUCGCGAUUGAUUCAAUACAUCAGUUAGGAUUUAUUCAUCGGGAUAUCAAGCCAGACAAUUUGCUUUUGGAUGCAAGGGGUCAUAUCAAGUUAUCUGACUUCGGACUCUGUACAGGGUUGAAAAAGGCACACAGGACAGAUUUUUACCGGAACAUAACGCCAGCAAACGUCGAUGCUCUAUGUGAUCCACUUGGUUCGAAACAAAAAGCAUUAACUUGGAAGAAGAAUCGAAGAGCAAUGGCAUAUUCAACCGUUGGUACGCCUGACUAUAUCGCUCCAGAGGUCUUUCAUCAAACUGGCUAUGAACGAACUUGCGAUUGGUGGUCCCUCGGUGUAAUUAUGUUCGAAAUGUUGAUCGGUUAUCCACCAUUUUGCUCAGAAACACCUCAAGAAACGUAUAAAAAAGUAAUGAACUGGAAAGAGACCCUGGUAUUCCCUCUCGAAAUUCCAAUAACAAAUAUAGCAAAAAAUCUGAUCCUCCGGUUUUGCACUCAUCCAGAAAAUCGCAUCGGACGAAAUGCAGUCGACGAAAUAAAAACGCAUCAGUUUUUCAAAGGCGUUGAUUGGAUAAAUAUAAGGGAUCGACCCGCUGCUAUACCAGUAGAAGUAAAAUCAAUUGAUGACACAUCAAAUUUCGACGACUUUCCAGAAGUAGACUUAACUUGGACUGAAUCUAGCAAAGAAAAGGCUGAACCGAAUGCAAAAGACUGGGUUUUCCUGAACUAUACCUUUAAACGAUUCGAGGGCUUAACUCAGAGAGGUAUUAGGCCCUUCCAAUUUUGACUGUGAGUUUGUUUGUAUAAUAGGUAACUUAAUUUGAAAAACUACCAAAUACCGUAAGAAAAUUUCGUUUAGUGAUGCGAAUAGAAUCAUAAACAACGAUUGGAGUAUAUUUAUGCUAGAUCGCAGGACAUUAAACAAAGUCGGUCUAUUUAUGGGACUUAAGUGCUGACGUACAAAUAUGUUUACUAUUUCGUGGUUUGCGUGUUCGGUUAAAUUUUUUUUCUUGUCAAAGUAGAAAAAACGUGGUUUCAGCUAACUAAUUCGCAGUUACUUUCUCAUAGAUUAGUCGGCAGUUUUUGAAAUUAUUACGGCUAGCAGUGGUAGGGGCACGGGAAACAGGAAUGCAUAAGGAGCUUAGUGUAGUUAGGGGCAGGGGCGUGUGUGCCAUUACCAUUUAGAUAACAUCACCCCCUUCUUUGGAAGAUGAAAUCAUAAGGCGGUUUAGAAACCUCAAUUGAAAGGCAAACGUUAAUUAGAAGGUGAUGGAGCCUAAUACAUGGACAAUGUCAAUGAAACGUCUCAAAUUUCUCUUAAAUAUUUGUUUAUUAUUAAGGAAAUAUGAACCCUGGAAAUCUUUCAGAAAUUCCAACAUUCCCUCAUAUUAAUCCCAGAUUUAUUCGCAAAUCCGUGUGGAAAAAACAUGAUUCAUAUCAAUUAUAGAAAGACAUUUAUGACCAAAAUCGAUUGUGAUUUGAACACUCUGGCAGUGUGAUUCAGAUGAACCAACCAGCAUCAAUUGGCCCGUCAGAAAGGGCCAGUGUGUGAACAUGCAGCUAACUUUUUAUCCUUGAUAAUUAUUACAUCACAUUUAAAUCUGGCAAAUGAGUUGAGGUUGCCCCUCAUAACAUAAUUGAUGCUGAGUUUGUAUCUUAUUCCCAGUAAUUUAACAGUCUGUGAUGUGCGCCAGUAAACAUUCAUGCAGCGCAAGCGUUUCUGGAGCUACUUAGCCAUGGCAGCCUGUCUGGUUAUGGGUCGGCUAAGCAGGAGCCUCCGCAGAAAUCUUGCCUGAUCAUGUAAAUGGCGAAAUUCUUUACAGAGUUGGUCUCGUUAAAAGUGCCUCGUUCCCGCAUUCCCUUUAAAACAGCCCCCCCCCCCCCCCCCCCCUCGUUCUAAAACUUCAUCACUUUGACUACUUCUACGUGUGUGCCAGCAAAUGUUUUCACCACAUACUUUAUCAGAAACACUUUCAAAAUCAUUUUCAUUUCAAAAGAAGGUAAUACCAACUUUUUAUAGUGUUCAUGUUUAUAGCAACUGCCAAGACAUUGCUACGAUCCUCUAUUAUUUAUUUGAAAGAUGCAAGACAAAGAUGCUCUGUGGCUAUUUUAAAUAUAUAUUUCUCAUGUGUUUCAAAACGAAACUCAGCAACGAAGACGUGGCUACGUUUUUCCUGUUACCAAUCCUUUCUCCAACAGACACCAUAAAGGAAGGCCAUAAACCUGCAUAAUCGUAUUUGCUUUUAAAAUUGUUGAGAAAUAUUUCUGAAAACGUUGCUUUAGGCCAAAGGCAAUUCUGUAUAGUGGAUCCAGUAUGUCUCCAAUCAAAGUAUUCCGCCCUUUUAGUUUGUAAUGUUUCAACGUUACUCCAUUAUGCACAUCAUUUAAGUGGAAUUAUGUCAGGUUUAUUAAAUUUCGAAUUAGGUAGUUGACAGCACUCAAUAGUUUGACUAUCCUGUUGAUUAAGGUAAAACUAGCAAAAGCUGUGCUUUUUCUGGUAAUGUGUGAAUAAAAGUAAUCUUUAGUUUUCAUUUUGUUGUAAUGUUGGUAUUAAGUAUGUUGGAAUUCAUAUUGAUCUAAUUCUUUAA